AUGCCUACGCCUCCAAUCCCUUUCGAUUCAAGCACCGUCUGGUUGAUCACUGGCUCUUCCUCCGGACUUGGCAAAUCUAUUGCACAAACUGCCUACAAUGCUGGCCAUCAAGUCGUCGCAACCGCUCGAAACACGCGUACUUUGUCUUAUCUUCCGGAUGACUCCAGAGUUCUCAAGCUGGGUCUCGACGUUACCUCUAGAAAGUCCAUUGUUAGCGCUAUUCAAUCAUCUGUGGAUAGAUUUGGCCAUCUAGACGUGGUAGUCAAUAAUGCCGGAUACACUCACAUGGGCGACACCGAAGUGAUAUCAGAAGCAGAUUCACGCCUUCUCCUUGAGACUCUCUUCUGGGGACCGGUGUCUAUAAUGCAAGAAGCAGUGCGAGUCUUUCGAGACAUUAAUCCUGGACGCCGUGGCGGAACGAUAGUCAAUGUCAGCUCAAUGGGUGGAUCGAUGACAGUACCGGGUAACUCUUUCUACCAUGCAGGGAAGUUUGCACUUGAAGGCUUCGCAAAGUCAAUGUCUCAAGAAAUGGAGCCAGAGUGGAAUAUCCGAUUCCUAAUCAUCGCCCCCGGGAGUAUACGCACAAAUUUCAUCAAUGCAUUAAAAGUCGAACCGCGGCAUCCUGCCUACGAUAACCCUUCCAACCCAACAACGCAAAUAUUGAACCAUGUCAAAAAUGCAGCAACCCGGGGUAUCAUUUCCGAGCCGGAUAUCUGUGCUAAACUGCUUUUUGAUACAGUAGUUGGAAGGUACGAUAGGCCGUUCCCUAAACGAAUACUCAUGGGCUCGGAUGCAUAUCAUGCGGUAAAACACGAAAUUGAUACGACACUGCACGAGAUUGAGUCUUGGAAGAUUGAGUGCGAGAGCUGUUCUCCGAACCGAGAUACAGAUGUGGCUCAAACUUGA